AGGGAAGAAUGUAAAGCGAUAGAGGUCAAUUUUUGUUUCUCAUCGUGAAUUCCCAGCGGGGUAAAACACACUGAAACCCAAGCCCCCAGUAAUCAGCAAUGCGUCACACACACAUGCAGGCUAACGGUGUGUGUUUUAUUGCCUAGUUUAGCUCAGAUUAUGUCAGAUACGGCUUCAGAUGGGCUGUAUUUACGGUGUAUUUAUCUGUAGCUGGUUGAGUGGUGGGGGAGGGGGUUGCUGCUGGGUUCCUGGCCUCGCCGCUUCCUUGUUGUAGAGCGGGACGUAGUGAGUCACGUUGUGCGCUGGGCAGGAUCCGUACAGCCGCAUUGUUGUUGGGGGCAGGAACGGCGAGCUAGCGUGCUUGCUAGCACCCACAUACCGCGCUUUAAACCGCAAACCUACGGGCCGUAGAAGCGGGCGAAUGGUUAUUUUAACGCGGUUUAGAGGGGUCCUAUCUGAAUCAGGACUGUUGUUGUGGAUACUGGACUGUAUUCUUCUGAAAAAUCGGUUAAAAGCUCGGGCGGAAUCCGUUGGAUGCUAGCUAGCGCGCUGCUGUAGCAGAGUGUGUAUGUGUGUGUUAACGUUAUAACGCUAACGCUAACCCUCGCUGCUCCUCAGGCCCUGCCUAUACACACCGCUGCUGCUUUUAGCUAUUAGCUAGCGUGCCCUGGUGCAGCUGUGAGGGCUCGUUGGCUUGUUUUACGAUACUUCGAAACAGAAGUUUCUUUCAGGUGUUAAAAUGAGGAAAAAAAGUCGGACUAAUCGUCCACCCACCACACCAAGGCCUCCAUCACCCAUCAAACCCUCACGAAACCGUGAGACCCUCACCUAUGCCGAGGCCCAGCGCAUGGUUGAGUUGGAGAUCGAUGGUCAAGUUCACAGACUCAGUAUUUUUGACAAGCUCGAUGUCAUCGACAGUGAUGAUCCCUUAGCUCAGGAGAUCAGUGAAUGCGACAGCAACAAGGAGAACACUGAGAAACCUCAGCAGGCUUUGGUGCGCUCUGUACGGCUCAAAAACAAUCAGCAGAAGAAGGGUGCAGCUCCAACUGCAGGACAGAGUUCUCCAGCUCAGGGCAGGUUACCAGAGCCAAAAAUCAAAACGGUUGAGUAUAAUCUUCCAGCUGUGCCACGGAGACCCUCUGCUUAUUUCAAAUAUGUGGAGAAGACGUCGGAGGAGCUUGAUGAGGAGGUGGAGUAUGAUAUGGACGAGGAAGAUUAUGCAUGGCUGGAGCUGAUCAAUGAGAAGAGGAAGAGUGAGGGUUACAGCCAGGUGUCCCAGAAUGUUUUUGAGUUUCUCAUGGACCGCUUUGAGAAAGAGUCCUUUUUUGAAAGCCAGGGUCAGGUAGAUCCGCAGUCCCUCAUUGAUGAGGAUGCUGUGUGCUGCAUCUGCAUGGAUGGCGAGUGUCAGAACAGUAACGCUAUUCUUUUUUGCGACAUGUGCAACUUAGCUGUGCAUCAGGAGUGUUAUGGGGUCCCUCACAUUCCAGAGGGCCAGUGGUUGUGUCGUCAUUGUUUACAGUCUCCUUCCCAGCCGGCGGAGUGUAUUUUUUGCCCUAAUAAAGGUGGCGCUCUUAAGAGGACAGAUGACGAUCGUUGGGGCCAUGUAGUCUGUGCCAUAUGGGUCCCUGAGGUUGGCUUUACUAAUACACUCUUUAUUGAGCCCAUUGAUGGUGUUGCUAACAUUCCGCCAGCACGUUGGAAAUUGACCUGCUACCUUUGUAAAGAGAGAGGAGUUGGUGCCUGCAUUCAGUGCAGCAAGGCCAAUUGUUACACUGCCUUUCAUGUAAGCUGUGCUCAGAAAGCGGGUCUGUACAUGAAGAUGGAGCCUAUCAAAGAGGUAACUGAUACAGGAUCCACAACAUUUACAGUGAAAAAGACAGCCUAUUGUUGUUCGCAUACACCCAACGGUUGUGUCAGGAGGCCCAUUCCCAUCUAUGAAGAGGCACAGCCUAAAAAUGGUAUUUGUGGUCAAAAUGGUCAAAAAGGCAAACCAAAAGGUGGAAGGGCAAGGGUGAAGGGAUGCCAGAAAAAGAAAAAUAAAAAAGUAGAGGCAGAGCCAGUUCCAGUGGUUCCAGCUGUGUCUGUGCCAAGCCUGACUCCUAAAAGCUUCAAUACAAUCCUCAACCAAGUCUCUGUGCAAAGAAAAAGACUCUUUGUGGAGCGUGUUCUCAGUUACUGGAUGCUCAAAAGGCAGUCAAGAAACGGUGUGCCUCUUAUCCGACGACUGCAGACCACCGUACAGACUCAGAAAGCACCAGAACAGGAGCAAAGGGAGGAGGACUGCCGGGUGCUGAAGGAGCAGCUAAAGGACUUGCACCGCUUGCGGCAUGAUCUGGAGCGAACACGCUUGCUGCUGGAGCUCAUUCGCAAGAGAGAGAAGCUUAAGAGGGAGGAGGUCAAGCUCCAGCAAUCAGUGCUGGAGAUGCAGCUCACACCAUUUACUCAAAUUCUACAAGUCGUACUGGAGCAGCUCCAAGAAAAAGACCAGACAAAGGUUUUUGCCCAACCUGUGAGCACCACAGAGGUUCCAGAUUAUCUUGAUCACAUCUCACAUCCGAUGGAUUUUUCUACCAUGAGGCAACGUAUUAAUGCCCAUGAAUACAAGAACUUGGAUGAGUUUGAGGAUGACUUCAACCUCAUGAUCAGUAAUUGCAUGAAGUACAAUGCCAAGGACACUUUCUUCCACCGUCUUGCUUUGAGAAUGCGAGACCACGGAGGAGUUAUCCUUAGAAAGGCUCGGCGAGAAGUGGAGCGAAUAGGCUUGGAAUUCCCUGGUGGCAUACACCUGACUGAACCACCUAAAAUCGAGCCUCCUACGGUCCUGAAAUGGGAAAAUGUGGACAGGCUGCUCAACCCAGCAAAUCGGUUGCACAUGCCUUUGGAGGAGCAACUCAAACAGUUGUUGGUGACGAUGGAUUUAACCACUGCUAUGAAAUCUAGCCCAUCACGUAGCAAGCGCCUCAAGCUGCUGAAGAAGGCAAUCAUUGAUGUGCGACUUGAAAUAAGCCAGCAGACCAAUGGUCCUUCCCCAGAAGAGAGCAAGCCCCAGGAGGUGGAGGCUGGACUCCCCGUUCUAGAGUGUAUGGAAGAAACAGUUGACAAAUCAUUACCUCCCAAACUGGAGCCUUCAAUUUUUGUUCCACCUGUGGCAAAUUUGGACAGUACUUCAGAGCCUCCUGCACUAAAACCCAUAGAACCAACCCUGGACAAGUGCCCACGAAAGGUCAAAGUUGUUGGCAAGAUGAUCUCUACCUCACUGUUAAAUGGCCUCUCCCCUGAAAUACCAUCUGAACCCUCUGAAAACAACAUUGUGGUAGCUACCUCCACACUCACAGAACCAGCGGACAUUGUUAACAGACGGACCGCUUUGCUGUUCCGGAAGUCGAAGAGCGUUAGCCCACAAAAGCCUCUAAAGGCUGGACAAGCCUCAGUGGACUGCCCUCAGCUAGGCACCAAGACAUUUCUGUCAGUGGUUAUUCCUCGCCUGGAGACCCUGCUUCAACACAGGAAGAGGGCUCGCAGUGGAGACAGCCAGGAUGGAGAUGAGGAGGAAUGCCCAAUCAAGCGUUUUGAUAGUGGAUUGUCUAAUGGCUUCAUACUGGAACAGCAGAAAGAGCUGAGUGGCAGAGUACUAGAACCUCGCCGCCGUUGUGCCUCUGAGUCCAGCAUCUCAUCUAGUGGAAGCACCAGUGUGCUGGGUUGUACAAGCUCUCCUCUUGGCAUGCUUAGCACUGUCAGUCAGCCCAAGACUGGGAAAGGGAAGCAGGCGAUGGCGCGGCGAAACACAACGGAUGACAGGAACGAACUCGCUGCGUGCAUAGAAACGGGGAACAUUUCCAAAGCAAGCAAGUUGGCAGCUGAACUUGACCACAGCAAUAUAUGGAUGCCCUCUAAUACUACCACACUAACUCUGGAACCCUUUAAACUAGUCUGGGCAAAACUUAGUGGAUAUCCCUCCUACCCUGCCUUGAUCAUAGACCCGCAGAUGCCCCGGGCGGGUUAUCAUCGCAACGGCGUGUUCAUCCCCACUCCUCCACGGGACGUGCUCAGGGUCGGCGAGCUGAUGCAGUACAGGUCAGAGGAGAAACUCUACCUCGUCCUCUUCUUCGACAACAAGCGCAACUGGCAAUGGCUUCCUAAGUCCAAGAUGGUACCUUUUGGGAUCAAUGAGACGUUAGAUAAAAUCAAAAUGUUGGAAGGGCGCUCUUCGAGCAUUCGCAAAGCCGUGCAAAGCGCCUUCAGCCGUGCCAUGAACCACCUGAGCCUAUUCCAAGAUCUAAGUGAUGGGGACUAAAUAUCACUUAAUGGAAUUCUCCAGGGCUCAUCGGCCCCAUGUUUACCUAGUGUUACACCUGCAUAUCU